CCCCCCCCCCCCCCGCAGCUUGCUUGGCAGCAACUCCCCAAAGACAACACAGCUUCUCUUCCUCUCUCCCUCUCUCUUCCCUCUUCCCCCUUCUCAUACUUUCUCUCCACAUGGGCGUCUCGUUCCGGUGGCUGACCCAGCUCGACGCCGACUUUCCGGUGGCCACCUUCUCUAUCGACGUCGAGUGCGUGGCCGACGGACCCGGGUAUGCGGACCGGAUGGUUGCGCGGGUGGCGGUGGUGGACGAGACGGAGCAGACGGUACUGGACGCACUGGUGUCGCCAUCGAGGCCGGUCUUCUCGUACCUCACCCCGCUGACGGGGCUGACCGAGGCCGAUUUUGCCGACCCAACGAGGACGGUGCUGCCGUUUGACGAGACGGUGGCGGCGGUCCGGGCCUUGCUCCCGCGUAACGCGCGGCUGGUCGGGCAGAACAUCCACAAGGACACAACAUGGCUGGGGCUGGUACCCGGGCGAGACUAUGAAGAGGCCAUUGAUAUCGGCAAGCUUUUCCGCGUCGAGGCCCCGCCUUGGUUCCGCCGCAAGUUCACCACGUUUUCCCUGCGCCACGAGGUUCUUCACUUGCUCGGCGUCGACAUCCAGGCCGGCGUCCACGAUCCAGUUGUCGACGCACUCUACUCGCUCCGCCUUUGGGCCGCGUACGGCCUUGCGGGCGACGAGAUGCGCCUCCAAGUUGCGCGGGCCCAUCUUGCGGCUGUGCCAAGUACGCCUUCGUUCUCGCGCAUCAUGCCCGUCAUCGACGGGGUGGCCAUGAGCCGGUCGGCGACGCCGGCAGUGUCGCCGGCUGUCUCGCCGGCAGUGUCGCCACCGUCGUCGCCGCGCGCUGCUGCGCCACCAGCCAAUUGACUCCUUGAUUAGGUCGUGGCCAGCCGUGGUCAGCUGGCUUUCUCCAGCUCCCGUGCCCGCUUGGCCCGGACUCGCUCGAGGUUGGCCUUCAGGCCGUCCUCGUGAAAGACAAACUGGUCAGGCUCAAAGGUCGAGACCUUGAAUGUGCAGGUGAUGGUGCCGACGACCGAGGCCACAAGCGUCUUGAUGUCGUGUGCCGACUCAUCGGGAUACUUGGCCUCGACGAGCGCCGUCACCUCGGGCACCACCAGAUACGGAUCCCACGAUGGUGGGAUGGAGCCACGCGGCCGCAUGAUGCCGGACAGUGCGUGCGGGCCGCGAGCAAUGAGAGUGAUGACCUGCGCGAGGUGGUCUGAGUCCAUCGACCGGUGGCCAGCUUCGCCGAGGAUAUUUGCCGCCGCCAGCGGGGUUGCCGGCAGCUCGUCCUUGGCCUUGCCGGCAAACACGCUUGGAAUGGUGGCAUCCGAGACAAGAGUGGUGACAAGGCCCAUACCGGCCUCGCCCGCCGCGUCGCCCGCCGGCUUUGCCGCCGCUGCACUCUCAGCCUGGCCUUUGUCGACCGAGCCUCCUUGGGCCUCGUCGCCUUUGCUCUCAGUGACUGCCGGCGCCGACUUGUGCUUUGCUGUCGGCAUGCCGCGCCAGACCUUGAACAGCCGG